AUUAGUCAUAGGACGGUUGUAUCUACAUCGACUCUCUCAUCUCUCACCAGAUACACGUACGGAAAGCCGGUGUUGGGAAGGAUCAACGUCCGAGUGUGCAGAAAGUUCUCUGACCGUUACAAUCUAUGCCAAGGGGAAGAAGACGGGGUUUGUGAGGAGAUUUCCCAACGUGCCGAUCCUAAUGGCUGCAUCUCGGAUGUGGUGAACACCAAAGUCUUCCAGAUGAGACGGGCAGGUUAUGAGAUGAAAAUCAUAGCUUCGGCCAAAAUAACAGAGGACGGGACAGGUGUGGAACUGACCGGUGAAGGUUCUUCUGAGAUCAAGAGCACCUUGGCUAUAGUAUCUUUUCGGCAUUUGGACUCCCACUAUAAAAAAGGCAUCCCUUUGUAUGGACAGGUGUUCUUGGAGGAUGCAGCUGGGAACCCAAUGAGCAAUGAGACCGUGGGGGUUUAUUUGGGGGAUGAUGGAACCAAUUUCACCUAUACAACUGGGCAGGAUGGAACAGCAGAGUUCUCCAUUGAUACCAGCUCUUUCCAACUGUCAUCUGUCAGGAUCAAGGCCAGCUACAAGACUGGAGACUACUGCUCCGGGCACAGGUGGCUGACUGCAUCGUAUGAAGAGGAUACACGCACCGUUAACCAUUUCUACUCCCGGAGCAAAAGCUUUCUGAAAAUCCAGCCUAUCCACAGGACUUUGGAGUGUCAAAUAGUAAAGAAAUUCAAUGUGCAUUACAUUCUGACUCCUGAGGGUGUUGGCGAGGCAAGAAACGCAGUGUUUCACUACCUGGUAAUGGCAAAGGGAGGUAUAGUAGAAAAUGGCAAACACACAUUGGCACUUAUCCCAAAUCAAGAGGCACAAGGGAACUUCUUAUUUGACCUCCCUGUUGGAACUAAUGUCUCCCCUUCUGCCAAGAUCUUGGUUUAUCUGGUUCUAGAGAGCGGAGAGGUCAUUGCAGACAGUAUCGCCCUGGUGGUCCAUUGCUUUGAAAACAAGUUAGGGUGGAGUAGAUGAUGAAGUGACAUUGGCUGCCUACAUAACGAUUGCUCUUCUGGAAUAUCCGCUCCCUGUCACACAUCCUACUGUCCGAAAUGCUCUCUUCUGCCUGGAGAGUGCUUUGGGAGGCAAGAACAGCAUCUACACCAAGGCCUUAAUGGCUUACGCUUUCACUCUUGCUGGAAGGAUGGACAUCCGCCGUCAGCUCCUACAGUCAUUGGAUGAACAGGCCAUAAAGAAGGGUGAGUGAAAAUAUAAUGUGAUACUGCUG